AUGUCCGGUUUAGUUAUUUUCUAUUCUGGCCUUAUGCCGUGUUCACUUUCAUUUCGCGAAAUGCAAAAUGAUCUCUGACUCUCUAAAAUUUAGUUAUCUUUCCUUUCUCUAACGGGUAUUUUUGCAUUUCGCGGAACCAAGUUGAACAAGGCAUUACACUCGUGUUCGAAGUAAUUACCGCGAAAUUCAAAAUUAUCUCUGAGUCUCCAAGUUCAGUUAUCUUGUUAAUCCCUGACGGCUAUUCGAUUUUUGCGGAGUAAGUUUUUAACACGGCAUCUAAAUAAUGAUGAAAGGAAACCCGAACAACAUUUGCAAUCUUAUUCUCACUCCGUAUUUGAAAGCUAUAGGGUUGUGCGUUUUGAACACUCUUUGGGAUCAAUGAAAUUAUCUCGUUUUUGCAGUAAAUAGAAUGUCGCUAUCGGAGAUCGAAGACAAAGAGAAUAACGCGAGUCCCACUUCAGAAUUAGAGGUUGUUUUCUGUAUAAGCUGAAACUAUUCAUUUUUUUCAGAAUGAAAAAUCGGUUUCUGAAACGCAGGCUGAUCAGGACGGGUAUGUUUGUGAGCUUUGAAAGUUAAGAUCGAAUUGUUUUUAGAUGGACUUUGUCGGAUUUUGAUGUCGGUCGACCUCUAGGUAAAGGAAAGUUUGGUAGCGUUUUUAUGGCGAGAGAGAAGAAAACAAGGAAAGUGGUCGCUCUCAAGGUUUUUUGUUUUUGUUCAUCCUAAAAAUUAAAUGUAUUUUUCAGGUACUUUUCAAAAAACAACUGGUAAAUUACGGAGUUGUACAUCAGAUAAAAAGAGAAAUCGAAAUACAGUACCAUUUACGGUUAGUAAGAGCUUUGCGCUUCCGUGUAUCUGAAAUAAUCUCAGGCAUCCAAACAUACUCGCUCUAUUUGGCUUUUUCUAUGACUCAUCCAGAGUAUACAUUAUUUUGGACUUUGCACUCAAUGGCGAGCUUUACAGCUAUUUGAAAAGUUACAAGGAUCGAAUACUUCCUGAAAAAUUGGCUGCCAAGUAAGUUCUUCGAAAAGUAAAAAAAAACUUAUUUUGGUUUUGGAGUUUGUUAAGUUUUUGAAAAAAGGCUCUAAUCUUCUUUCCAACGAUUGUUUGAUCUGAAUUUUCAGAUUCAUUCGUCAAAUUUCGGAAGCUCUUAUGUACUGCCACGAAAGAGGCGUUAUCCACAGGGAUAUAAAACCGGAAAAUCUUCUAAUCGAUAAGAAUCUCAACAUCAAGGUGUGUAGCAGAAUUGAUGAAGAUUUUCAGCCAAUGUAAUGGCAAAUAAAGCAAAUUUUUUUAAAGGAAUUCGGAAGUUUUUAGAAUUAAAAUCAAUAAUUCCAAGACAUCGACAUAUUUUUCCGAUGCGUCUUUCAAAAAAAAACUUUCUGUAUUCAAUUUUUGUGAAUUUUAUAUAGUAUAUCAAAAAUCUACGAUAAAUAGGGAAGGAAACUAAGAUUCGAAGGGUUCCUAAAAUUCAAGAAGCUUUGAUUUGACUUUUCAUCGUUCCAUAACGUGGCAAACCAUAUUUUCGAGCUGUUUGUCAAAAUGUUCACUCACAGCUCUCAUUGGUUUGCCUAUAAAAUGACCAAGAUGCGUGUGCCGUUGCAGAAUCAAUGAGCAAUGGUUCCUAAUUUCCUUGGGACAUUUGAACUGAACCAAGUUCGAACUUUUCGAUUUCUUCAUAAUUUCUGUAAUUUGAAAAUGUUGCAGCUAGCAGACUUUGGCUGGGCAGUUGUCUCGGAUCACUCGAUGCGGAAAACCAUCUGCGGAACUCUGGACUAUUUGCCGCCGGAGAUGGUUUCCAACAAGGAGCACAAUCACACGGUUCGAAGAUAUUUAUAAUCGAAAGAAAUUUUGUUGUUUUAGGUUGACAUUUGGGCGAUGGGAAUCCUACUGUACGAGAUGGUGUGCGGCAGAGCGCCAUUCGCGGAAAGAACGAACACAAGGACGAUGGAUCGUAUUCAGAAAUGCGACAUUGUGGUAGAUUUUCUCGUGUUUUUCGUUUCAAACUUCAUUUGUUCACAGUUCUAUCUCGAAGAGGGCGAGGAAGAAAGCCGUGUCAGCCCACUAUGUCAGGAUUUGAUCAGGCGUCUUCUCAAGGUCAAUCCCGACGAACGGUAGCUUUUAUUUUAGUUUCUUUCAAAACCAAAUCGUUAUGGAGCUUUUUUCUCAGCGUUUUAUCCCGGGGCAAACCAUAUUUUCGAUCUGUUUGUCAAAAUUUUCACUCACAGCUCUCAUUGGUUUGCCUACAAAAUGACCAAGAUGCGUGUGCCGUUGCAGAAUCAAUGAGCAAUGGUUCCUAAUUUCCUUGGGACAUCCAAAUAACGAAGUAACAGAGGUGCAGGAUUAGGAGGCAGCCCAAGGCAUGGCGGCCAAGCCGAGACAUUGAGCCAAACGAUAGAAAUGAGCCAAUAAUUUACGUGGACUUUGGCACCUAGGUCUUUUUUUUUGCAUUUCGAAUUUCGUAUUUUUACAACUUUUUUUUUGUUUUCAAGAAAAAUUCAAAAAAAUGCUCAGGGCAGAUAUCGAACUCACACAAAAAGCCGCCUCGUUGUGAAAGAAGGUCCGGCGCUUACAGAACUCUUACUGAAUUUAUUGGAGUGCUUUUUCUUAGGGUCCUAUAUUUUUAGCAGAUAAUCUACCAUGCUCACAAGAGAUCUUACUUAGGUCUACAUGCCACCAAAGUUUCAACUCGAAACUCGUCUCCGAGUUCGAGAAACUUGUCCCCGAGCGAGCCCUAAUCAAAAAAUUUAUUUAGGCGAAAAAUUUUUAUACUUGGAUUUUUGUUUUCAACACUGCAAGUUCCCUGGUGUACACAGGUUUCACAGAUUGCUAAAACAAGAGCUUCUAGAUGAUAGGGCGAUUUCGGCAUACAAAUGACCGUCGCGCCAUGCUGACUUUUGAAAUAGUCAUUAUUGCCUUUUGGGCGUUUAUGGCAAGGCAGCUAACCUCCACCUCUGCGAAGUGCGAUCAAGCGGAAUAUUUUCUCUGAAAAUCUUCUUCACUCUCUGGCGGCCAUUUUGAACUUCGCGGAAUCACUUUAAAGGCAUAGGGGCAGUAAAAUACGGUGUUUCAGUUCAAAGCAGUAUUUUGUAGAGCUUUUCAUUGCGAAUCGAACGGUGAACUUGGAAACGUACAGAAAUUCCUAGUUUUGAAGAAAAAAUAAUUCAACGUCGGAGAAAUGAAAGCUUGAGUUCCCGCCAAAAGGGCGCUUCGCAGUUAAGUUGCUCUAUGGACAACAGGCUUCGCCAUCUUCCGGAUAUUCGCUUUUUUCUUCGUUUCUUUCAAUUUUCAAUUUUUUCUGUUGUCACCAAAGUUCUUUUCGUCACAAAAGCUUUUUAUUCAUGUAUAAUUUGCAAACUUUGUUCGCAAAAUGCUUCUCUGGUGAAAAAUGAUAAUUUUACACAGGUUUCGAUUGGGAUUGUGAUAUUUUGUGUUUUCUUUAUUAUCAAUGUGUGUUUUCUGUUUUCUUAAUUGAUUUUUCAGAGAAGAAAUCCUUAAUUUGAAGCAGAAAUCCGGUUGUUUCUCACAAAAUGCGAGUCUAAUGAGACGUCCGCAACAUCGCGUGCACGGCUACUGUAAACAGUUGUCCGUAGGCCGAUCCAAAGCUUUUUUCAAAAUUAAAGGCGGGAAAGUAAAACCGCGUUUUUCUUCUAAAGUUGUCACAUCUGUAAUUGUUUUGAGUACACCAUUCGAUUCGCAAUGAAAAACUUUAUAAGGUACUGCUCUCACCUGAAACCCCAUUUUUACUGCCCCUAUGCCUUUAAGCACGGCAUAAUUGAGCGUUGGAUGGAGAAUCGACUUGUUUUCAGACUGCCACUGGAAGAAGUACUGAAACAUGCAUGGAUCGUCUCCCACAAAGAAGCUGAACCUUUUGGGAAACUCGAAAAGUCUUCCUCUGUUCCCAUUAAAAUCUAA